UCUCCAAAGUUCCUGUUACAUAUGCAAGAGGCAGUUCCAUAUUCAAGAGAUAGUUUAUGCGUUAAUGCCCAGGAUGGCCUUUUGCCACAUUGAGGGGUCGGCCAUUAUAUUCAGUUGGUGGUAAUAGCCUCUAUUGUCUUUAGAUGAUUCGAUUAAGUGGUCACCUGUAAGGCCAACACUUUUAAGGACUGCCCACUGAAUGCCUAUAUAAGAUACCAUGUAAAGUUCCUUUAGUCAGACUUGAUGACUGCAUUUCCCGACAGCUCUUGUUCUUAGUAAAGGAUCCGGCUGAAGAUACAACCAAGUCUCCUGGUUUUGGUUACAGGCUGCAGAUAGUCUACCUGAAAAUAAGUCUGUAUUUAUCAAUCAGGCCAGUAGCAAUGCAUCACUUCUUUUCCACGAUGUUUUCACUGCUAGCCAUUAUUUGGCAUGCGAGCGGUCUGCCUGCUGUACGUCGUUCUCAGCGAAGCGUCGACCGAUCUUACAGAUCUGAGCUGACGGUGUCGAAUGGGAUGAAUUGGGGAUCGUGGGGAUAUAAGAGCAUGUGUCCAAGUGGAAGGUACGCCGCAGGGUUUAGUCUGAGGGUGGAAAGACCACUUGAUGGUGAUGAUACAGCGCUCAAUGGGAUUCGUCUUUAUUGUGUCGAUCGGCCAGGCUCACGUGACCACAACUCAAUUGAGUCCAACGUAGGAAGCUGGGGGGAUUGGACAGAUGUCAAGUGGUGUUAUUCUGGAUUCUUGACCGCUUUCCAGCUGAGAGUUGAAUCUUCCCAAGGAAACGGAGAUGAUACGGCUGCAAACAACAUCAAGUUCACCUGCAGUGGAGGUGCUGUGCUGGAGGGUGACGGCACAAACUGGGGCAACUGGGGCGACUGGAGCCCAACGUGUCAUGGAAGAGGAAUCUGUGGCAUCAAGACCCGGAUAGAAGAGCCACAGGGACGAGGAGACGACACCGCUCUCAAUAACGUCAUCAUGUUCUGCUGUGAUUAAGGUGACGUGAUCACAAUCCAAAACUCAAGAACAACAAGAACAUCAAGAAGAUCAAAUGUUUUGCAUGUCAUACAGCAUAAUGUAAAUAUGUAAGGUUAGCAGGUCAUUAUCAAAAGAAGCAGACAUGUUCUGCUGAUCAACCAAAGAAGGAGCUGCAGGGUGAUUUUGUAAUAAUGAGCUUCUUUCCUUAUUAAACUUGAAAAUGUU